AAAAACUUAUUUAAUAUUUGUAUAUUAACGAUUACAAAGUACUAAUACGACUACCGAAGCUGGUAAAUUUACAUAAUUAUUUUAACUUUCAAAGUUAAAUUAAAAUAUAAAAAGUGAGUAAGUGCUGUGGGGUUGAGUAGGUCAGCGGCUGUGGAAGUUUUUACAUCGUCCCUUCGGUUCUUAAACUGGAUAGUGUAUUAUUACAAUAUUCCGAGCAUUAAUUGCAUUCGAUAAAAAAUGAUUCGGAGCGGAUGAAAGAAAAUGUAUGAAUCAUAAAUAUGUAUUAAUAAGUAACCAUUCAUUGUACGGGAUAAAAAAAUUAAAAAUCAGUGCGGUAAGCAGUUAUAUCGACCAUAGUUUCGAAUUUCUAUUUGAAAAAUGACAGACACCGUCGCUACAACUCCGGCUCCAGUCGCCGCGUUGCCGGCUGCGAAGAAGUCUUCCGCCAAGAAGAAGUUGACGGCUUCCAAAGCCAAGAAGACCGUCGCGUUUCAUGCGACCACCGCCGUGAUGGUCACCUCGGCUAUCAAAGAGCUCAAGGAGAAGAAAGGUUUGUCGUUGCUAGCCAUCAAAAAAUACCUGGCUGCUAACUACAAAGUCAAUCCCGCCAAGUUGGCGCCUUUCAUCAGGAAGUUUUUGAAAGCCGCCGUCGCCAAUGGUACUAUGGUUCAGACCAAAAACACCGACACUUCUGGACAUUUCAAGUUGCCCGUUGCCGAGGUCAAGCCGAAAAAAAGCUGUUGUUGCCAAAAAGAAGAAAUCCAUCGUCAAUAAAGUCUAAGCCGCUGGAACACUGUAAAGAAGAAGAAGCUCCCAGUCACCAAAAAACCCGUGGCCGAUUAACCAGCUGCUAAAAAGGCUAAAAAGCUAGUUGAAAUCAAACCAAAGGCGACCACUCCAAAGAACGCUCCAGAGCUGAAAAAGUAAAAACCCGCGGCCGGUGAACCAACUGCUCAAAAGGUUAAAAAGCUAGCCACUGUCAAGUCCAAAUCGAAGAAAACUCCAAUUAAGAAAACUACUGCACUCAAAAAGAAGUAAAAGGAAAAUACUUCACUUUCCCUAUUUAAAACGGUCCUUUUCAUUUUUUUUUUUUUUUUUUUUUUUAAUGCUUUCGCAAAGAGAUGCAUUUACCCCAUUUCUAUUUAAUUUAGUACUGGAAAAGGUAAUACGUGAGGUGAACAUUUUAGGAGGAGUUACUUAUUAAGUCAGAUUAAUUUGAUAAAAUUGGACUAUUAGCAUAUGCGGAUGAUAUUGCUCUCCUUCGAGAAGAUUUGGAUAUGAUUAAAUGUUUAGGAAAUAAACUGCCAUAGCAUAAUAAGUACAUUUUAAAAAAGUAUUAAUACAAAAACAAAGUAUAUUUAUUAUUUUUAUAUUUAAAUUUGAAAUUCAAGAACUAAUGCGGGAUUAUCGUUUUCACAAUAGUCAUCUCACUAAAAUAAGUAGGUACAUUCAAUUAUAAUGGCUUCAGAAAAUUGCUUUGAUUAAAAUUCAAAAACAGAUUUAAACA